AACAGCUCCAACAGCUCGGAAAGCUACUGCGCCUCAGCUGCUGCUUGGUCGUCACACAUUUCCACGGCGACGAAAACCAUAUUAUAAAUCGACUGCCGACAUGCACAGCUGAAGGAGUAAAGGGAUGGCUCUAGACGGGACUAACGGCUUCCCUGCCGCCACGAAUGGUGUUGCCGGCCUCUCGCUCGACGACGGGGCUGGUGGAUUGCCCAUCUUCGAUGUCGACCCCGUCCAGCUGCAGUUCAGCAUCGCGGCUGACUUUGUGGCCGCCCAGGUCGCCAACAAUGUCCUGGUUCUCGCCCUCUCCAACGGCCGUAUCCUGCGCAUCGACCUCAACCGCCCUGAGGACAUCGACGACAUCGACCUGCCCAAGCGCCCGUCCGAGGUCGGUGUCAUCCGCCGCAUGUUCCUCGAUCCCACCGCCUCGCAUCUGAUCAUCGCCACCAGCCUGGGCGAGAACUACUAUCUGCACUCGCAGAGUCGGCAGCCGCGGCCGCUGGGACGUCUGCGUGGUGUUACCAUUGAGAGCGUGGCUUGGAACCCAAGUCUCCCCACCGCAUCCACGAGGGAGAUGUUGAUCGGCGCCAGCGACGGCAACAUAUACGAGACAUUCAUCGAGAGCACCAACGAGUUCUACAGAAAAGAGGAGAAGUACCUCAAGGUCCUGCAGAAGCUCCCCGACGGGCCCGUCACAGGCUUAUGGGUGGACAAUGUGGGCGGCAAAACCGACAUUAGGAGGGUGGUCAUAAGCACACAGAAUAGACUGUUUCAUCUCGUCGGCAAGGUCGGGCGUCAUCACCACGAUGGAAGCGGCUCGAUAUAUACCAAGCUGUUCGACGCAGAACAACCUACAAUCCACGAACUAUCCAGAGGCUCGGGGACGGCACCCUCGAGUCUGGCUGUCACGCCUGACACUCCUACUACGAAUGCCUACGAUGAGGUAGCGCAGGAAAGGGCUUUCGCUUGGCUUUCCUCGCUUGGUGUCUAUCAUGGCAAGUUGCUGACGACGCCCGCAACCGCGGAACUGGGGUCGAAAGUCUACGGCGAAUCAAAGCUGCUGCCCAGAUCUCAGCUGGUCUCAUCUGACACCUCAGGUCGAAAGAAAGCGUCGGGAGAAGUCAUUGAGGCAGCCAUAUUAACUCAGUGGCAUAUCAUAAGUUUAGUCGGUAGGCGCGUAGUCGCUGCCAACCGCUUAACUGGCUCGAUCAUAUAUGACCAAGUCGUCCUCGACGCAGAUCAGAAAGCACUAGGCCUCUACGUGGACCAGCAGAAAAACACAUUCUGGCUAUUCACAGCCACGAACAUCUUUGAGAUUGUUGUCAGAGAAGAGGAUAGGGACAUCUGGCGGAUAAUGCUCGAGAGACAGCAGUUCGACCAGGCCCUGCAUUAUGCACACACCCCCGCACAGAAAGACGCCAUUGCCAUGGCUUCCGGGGACUAUUUAGCGGCCAAAGGCCAGUUUAUAGAGGCCGCCGGCGUUUAUGGAAAGAGCAGCAAACCCUUCGAAGAGGUCGCCCUUGCAUUCAUCGACAACAAUCAGAAUGAUGCAUUGCGGAAGUAUCUCCUCACGAAGCUCAUGAGCUACAAAAAGGCACAGACUAUGCAGAGAACCAUGAUCGCUACUUGGCUGGUGGAAAUAUUCAUGGCAAAGCUCAACUCUCUCGAGGACACCAUCAAAACCGAAGCUGAGCUGGUGGAAAACCUUAACACGGAUCAGUCAAAAGAGCAACUGAGCACGAUUCGAGAAGAGUUUCAGAGCUUUGUGAACAAGCACAAGUCGGACCUCGACAGCAAAACAAUAUACGACGUCAUCAGCAGCCACGCCAGAGAAGAAGAGCUUCUGUUCUUCGCAAAUGCCGUCAAUGAUUAUAACUUUGUCCUCUCUUACUGGGUGCAAAGAGAGCGGUGGAUCGAGGCUUUGAAUGUCCUCAAGAAGCAGACGGACCCCGAGGUUUUCUACAAGUAUAGUAGUGUUUUAAUGACACAUGUCGGCCACGAACUGGUCGAAAUCAUGAUGAGGCAUCCCAACCUAAAGCCGCGCAACAUCAUACCUGCAUUACUGGAUUAUGACCGCUACUUUUCCGGUCCAUUGGUGCAAAACCAAGCUGUUCGAUAUCUGCAAUAUGUUAUCAACCAACUCAACUCAUCGGACGCCGCAGUUCACAACACUCUAGUGUCCAUAUAUGCAUCGCAUCCGAAUAAAGAUGAAUCAGGCUUUCUCAGCUAUCUCGAGUCUCAAGGUGAUGAGCCUCGAUUCGAUCCCGACUUUGCCCUGCGGCUCUGCAUACAGCAUAAGCGUACGUUAGCUUGUGUGCACAUCUAUACGAAUAUGGGACAAUACGUUCAGGCUGUCGACUUGGCUCUUUCACACAACGAAAUAGAGUAUGCGUCUAUCAUUGCAGACAGGCCAAUGGACAACCCGGCGCUUCGCAAAAAGCUUUGGUUAGCGGUAGCGAAGAAGGUUAUCUCGCAAUCUAACGGCAUCAAAACAGCGAUCGACUUCCUCAAGAGGUGCGAUCUGCUGAAAAUAGAAGACUUGAUCCCGUUCUUCCCGGAUUUUGUUGUCAUAGACGACUUCAAAGACGAGAUUUGUAAUGCAUUAGAAGAUUAUAGCCGCAACAUUGACGGUCUUAAGCAAGAGAUGGAUGAGAGCUCACAAACAGCGGCAAACAUUAAGAUCGAUAUCGCAGCCCUAGAUCACCGAUACGCAAUUGUGGAGCCUGGCGAGAAAUGUUAUGUUUGUGCUCUCCCUUUGUUGAGCAGGCAGUUCUUCGUCUUCCCUUGCCAGCACGCCUUUCACUCUGACUGUCUCGGAAAGGAGGUCCUGAAACAGGCUGGUGUCGGCAGAAGCAAAAGAAUAAAGGAAUGCCAGGUCCAGAUUAGCAAAGGGCUUGUCAGUGGCUCGAAGAAGGAUGCCAUGGUUGCUGAGUUGGAUGCACUUGUUGCGUCAGCAUGUAUUCUUUGUAGCGAAUAUGCUAUCAAGCGCAUCGAUGAGCCUUUCAUCGCGGUGGACGACGAUAAAAAUGAAUGGGCAUUAUAGGCAUAUACCGAAGCUCCCGCUCCCCAUUGAUUGGGCGGCCCCGCGAAACUUUUAAUACAUUUUGGGAUAUUGGAGUCGGUGUAUAUCUUGAGGGACACUGUGGAUAACACAUGCAUCACGCAAGCAUAGGAAGUUUUGAUACCCAGAAGAUAUUCAGUCAGUGAUCAUGAAGUCACAGACCCAUAAUCACAUGAAUUCUACCGU